AUAGUAACUUUAGUUGUAAAAGUAUCCUUAAUUCAAGCAUAAAUUGUCUAUCAAAACUUGUUCAUUACUUGUUAUUUUCCCAAAAUCCACUAAGCGAUCAUGUCUCGUAUUUCCAAACGGGUUUACGAGGCCAAAUCCGCUUAUCCGGAUCGGACCAAGUCCGAGGAGAAAUCCUUCACAGAGCUGAAUGUGCCGAUUAAAAAAUUGGACACGGCCCUCCUGCUGCUCAGCUCCGAGGAGGAGUGCGUCCUGCUGACUGUCUUCAGCCACAUCACUGACUUUGCUCGCCGGCAGGAUAUGAAUGUCCUGGAGCUGAGGGCGCAUCGCUUACUGGAGCUGCUGCUCGAAAAAGAAUUAUUCAUCUCAGCAACGAAUACGAUGAUCCGUAGGUUUGCCUUGUAUCUCCUGACCGCUUUGCUGGACAACACGGAGAUGGCCACCUAUGAGCCGGAACAGGCCAAACAGAUCCUGGAAUUGGCCUGCAGGUAUUUUAUGAAAGAGGCGGAUGACUUCUGCAUUGAGUACUUGACGUACAUUUUAAAUGUGUGCCUGCGGGAUCCCCAGAUGGCCCACGAAACCGUGGAUGCCACCGAGUUCCUUGAGAAGUUUAAACUCGUUUUUGUAAACUCAGAAAAUCCGGAUACAGUUUUCAAUUCCAUAGAGGUCCUGCAUAAACUGAUGUUGGUCCAGACCGCAGAGCAGAUGUUAGAAUUUACGACACAACCGGAUUUCCCCGUGGAUCGGAUCAUAUGCGAGGUGACCAAUGAGUUUCCAGAGAUUCGAAAGGCUGCUCUCAAGGCGUUAAAGACCCUCCUGACUGACACGGGAGAAGACAGUGUCUUCGAGCCACUUCAACGCUGCUUUUCUGCAUUGGACCAGCUGGUGAAGGCAUUCUGCGAUAAUCCUCAGGGCACCGAUGCCUUCGACCUGGUCGAUGUCCUCUCCACGGCUUUGCGUUCCGAGAAGAUGACCAAACUUUUCUUCGAACAGAAUCUCUUUGACUUGGUGGUGGAGCAGGUGCGCACUCAGAUGGAUAUCCUGCCGAUGGAUCUGCGUUGUAGUCUCAUCGCGAUUUUUGCGGAAACGGCUCAGUACGAGCAAUUCCUGGCCAGGAUGCACAAGGCGGAGAUCACUGAGAUGUUCCUGAAUUGUCUGAUGCAAAAUAAGCCAGGACCGGCGGCCUAUGUGAUACAGGGCCUUAACCGCAUGUCCCUGUAUCCGGAGGCACUGCGUCGCAUUGUGGCCGAAUACGAGGCGGGGGCGAUCCGUAAACUGGUAACCAUUCUUCUCUCUCCCGAGAUGCCCAUCAAGACGCGGGAACAGGCAGCGGAUUUGAUAGCCCGUUUGUUGGUGGCCGCUUUCCGGGAUACGGCAGCCGAACUAAAGGAACAAGAAGUGGCUGUCGUACUCACUGCUGUCCUAGCUCAGGGCUUGCCCGCCUUGUCCAUUGACUUGAUUCUCGCGCUGUUGACCAUGAUAGAGACAUUGGCCCAAAACGAGGAAUAUCGCACCAUCUUGGGUGAAUACCGAUCCCUGUCAGAGCAGCUUGCCCAGUUGCUGAUGCGGUCCUACUCGCACUCUAUCCUGGUGAAUAAUAUAUUCCGCUGUCUGUGCACUUUGAUUGACGAGGAGCCAGUACGGGAGAUCCUUCUGGACAACUACAUUGUUUCCUCCCUCAAGAGAGCCCUCAAAUCGUUGUCCAACUUGGUCAAGACCGCAGUAACCAACUUUAUUUUGCAAACCACUCGUUUCAAUGAGUUUAUCGAUGCCUACAUAGACCGUGGUAUCCUGGAAGUGUUAAUGGAGUACCAGAAGCACGCCUUUUGCGUUUCCACCUGGGGUCCUGCUAUCGAGAGCAUUCUGUCCAAGUGCCCCACCAUGAAGUUCUGCAUCCGCAAUUGUCUCACCUUCACGGACAUUACGGCUGGCAAGGACUUUUACGUUUCUCGCAAGAAGUUCGAGGACUUCCGCGCCUUCCAAGAGAUCCUGCGCAGCGACUGUUCUCCUUUGGAUGCUGUGUUGGUGGUUAACUUUGAUCGUCCCGUUGCAGAUUCCGAAGAUGUGGUCGAUGUCCCACUGCGAUGUCUGAGCACAAUCUCAGAUACUCCUGGAGACCAAGCCUGGCAAUACUGCAAGCGUCCAGGGGAUCCAAACUUGCCGGAGUACUUGGAGGCUCUAAAUCAGACAAUGGGGGUUCAUGGCCUUGUGGAGAACCCGGAGCGUAUUCGUCGUUCCAUCGACUUCGAGAACGUGGCCAAGCGUAGCAAGUUGGUCGCCAAGGCGGUGGCCGCAGUGAUGAACGAAAAUCUAAAGAUCCUCGAUCUCAACUCCACGGAGGAGUGCUCUCGCCACGCAGUCCAUUGCCACUUGCUGGACCUACGGUAUGUCUACCACACCAACUUCAUUCCCAUUGGAAUGGUGCGCAGUGGCUGCCAGUUCGAGAGGGCGAUCCUUUUCAAGGCCAUGGCCGAUCAGAUCGGCCUGCCCUGCACCCUGCAGCGCAGUGUCGACGGCAGGAUGCUGUACAAUGAGGUGCCCCUGCCCCUCGAACAGGAUCGCGAUGUGCAUUGCGACAAGAAGACCCUGAAGUUCAUGCCCUGGCGCAUGCUGAGGCCCACCCAUGUGGUGGAUCUCAUGUACAACGUAGGGGAUCUCUAUCCCAUGCAGAGUCGUCAGGCAUUGCAGUAUCUACGCCUUUACUGAUCAAUAGAUUCAGAAUUGUUCUUCAGUUUACUUUUCAAAAUUUGAAUGUCCUUUUGUCCUUAAAAAUACCAACCA